GAUUGUGAAACCGGAGUUCAAGGUGCCACCGAUUCCGGCUCACCUGAUGGACGUGCGCGGUCCGGACGGGUCGCUUGUCAAGAUCAACAUGCCAGAGCAUCACGAUCCGAGCAAACCGCCGAACAACGUCGAAAUGCUGAAGGUGAACAUCGAGGAUCUCAGCCAGUUUCUAUCGUACCAUGAGGUCUUCGGAAAACUGCCUUCCGACAUGCUAACGGGCCCUUCCGCUAGCCUAGUGCCAUCAUCCUCUACCAACACGGCGACGACUAGUGCGCAUAGUAACGGUAAAUUGAACCACAUCCGUCAGCAUACGGGGGAAUCUCCGUUCAAAUGUAGCUACUGCGCAAAGAGCUUCACCCGCAAAGAACACCUGACCAAUCACGUUCGCCAGCAUACCGGUGAAUCGCCUUACCGAUGUCCGUACUGUGGCAAGACGUUCACCCGCAAGGAGCAUCUAACAAACCACGUAAGAUUGCACACAGGCGAAACACCCUACCAGUGCACAUACUGCGGGAAGAAGUUCACGAGAAAAGAACACCUUACCAAUCAUGUCAGGUUGCACACCGGCGAAACUCCUUUCCAAUGUUCUUAUUGUCAGAAAAAGUUCACUCGGAAAGAGCAUUUAACGAACCACGUCAGGUUACAUACCGGCGAGACUCCUUUUCAAUGUUCUUAUUGUCAGAAGAAGUUUACUCGUAAAGAACAUUUGACGAACCACGUCAGGUUACAUACUGGCGAAACUCCUUAUCAGUGUACCUACUGCGACAAGAAGUUCACUCGCAAAGAGCACCUCACGAACCAUGUCAGAUGGCAUACGGGAGAGACUCCCUACCAUUGCACGUAUUGCGAGAAAAAGUUCGCCCGCAAAGAGCACCUUACGAAUCAUGUCAGGUUACAUACCGGCGAAACUCCCUAUCAGUGUACGUACUGUGAGAAGAAAUUCACUCGCAAAGAGCAUCUCACGAAUCACGUCAGACUGCACACUGGCGAAACUCCAUACCCGUGCACGUACUGUGAAAAGAAGUUCACUCGUAAAGAACACCUUACCAAUCAUGUCAGGUUGCACACGGGGGAAACCCCUUAUCAGUGCACGUACUGUGACAAGAAGUUUACUCGAAAAGAACAUUUGACUAACCAUACGAGAUUGCAUACCGGAGAAACCCCUUACCAAUGUACGUACUGCCAGAAGAAAUUCACGAGAAAAGAGCAUUUAACGAAUCACACCAGAUUGCAUACGGGCGAAACUCCUUACCAGUGUUCUUAUUGCCAGAAGAAGUUUACUCGCAAAGAACACCUUACGAAUCACGUCAGACUGCAUACUGGUGAGACUCCCUACACGUGUACCUAUUGUCAGAAGAAGUUCACGCGUAAAGAACAUUUGACGAAUCACCUCAGAUUGCACACUGGCGAGACUCCCUUCCAGUGCACGUAUUGCCAGAAGAAGUUUACGAGAAAAGAGCAUUUGACAAACCAUACCAGAUUGCACACCGGAGAAACUCCCUAUCAGUGCACGUAUUGCGGGAAGAAAUUCACCCGAAAAGAGCAUUUAACAAAUCACGUCAGGCUCCAUACGGGGGAUUCACCGCACAAAUGUGAGUACUGCAACAAGACGUUCACACGGAAGGAACAUUUGAACAAUCACAUGCGUCAGCACAGUGGCGACAAUCCGCACUGUUGCAACGUAUGCAACAAGACGUUCACCCGGAAAGAGCACCUGAUCAACCACAUGAGUCGAUCCCACACUGGCGAGCGGCCAUUCCAGUGCGAUGAGUGCGGUAAAUCGUUCCCAUUAAAGGGUAACCUGCUGUUCCACCAACGCAGUCACACCAAGGGCCAGCCGAUGGAUCGGCCGUUCCGAUGCGACAUGUGCCCCAAAGACUUCAUUUGCAAGGGUCACCUGGUGUCGCACCAGCGGUCGCAUACGGGCGAGAAGAACCACCAUUGCCCGCAGUGCAGCAAAUCGUACGUUGAGCGGGGCAACAUGCUGCGGCACAUGAAGAAAACGCAUCCGGACGCGGUUAUUCCGGUGCUGCCGAAGUUGCCUCACAUUAAGGUCGAACCGAAGUCUACCGUAUCUCAGCCCGCGUCCGUGGUGACGUCGCCGGCUCAGGCCACGUCAACUAUAACGUCGAUUAUCUCCAACAAUACUCAUCCAUCGCAGCAUCAUCAUCACAUUCAACCGAAAAUGGAACAGAAAUCUCAGAUACAUCAUCUUCCGCUUCCUCAUCAGCAUCCAGCUCACCAGCUGCACCACCACAUCUCGGCGGGCCCCCCGCCGCCGCCGCCAUCGAUGCAUCUGCCGCCGCCAAAUCCGCAGUUGGCAGCGCUCGCCCUCCAUCAUCAGCCGCCGCCGCAUCCACAGCAGCAGCAACCGCAGCCGCAGCAGCCGCCGGAAAACCACCAGCAACCGGGACCGGGCCCAGCUGGACCCCUUCCACCUCAGCACCAUACGGUCCCGGUUACUAUUAUAACCCAUGCUGGAAGCAUUAAUCCGGCUAACAUGCCGGUAGUAGAUGGCGGUCCGGCCAACAGUCGCGUAGUUACCUUCACCGGUGGUGGCACACGUGGAGGAAGCGUGGCCGACAGCAGUGUCGCUGGUAGUCACGUGCUACAGGGGUCGGUAAACGUUGCGACCAAUCUGCAUGCGUACCAGCAGCAUCCUAUCUCGCUGGUGCCUUUGCUUCAACAGCAGCAACAACAUCAGCCACAUUCGCUAUUGCAACCGUCUCAGCAGCUGUUCAAGUCAGAACACAACAAAACACUAACCCAGCUGUAG